CUUCAUUAUCCUUAUCGUUCUAUUUUAUUUCGCUGCUUUGUCUUUUUUUUAUCAUCAACAAGCUACAGCCGCGCUAACGGUAAUAUAUAAGGCUGACCAUCAUAAUAGUUCAUCACAACAUCCAUUCCUAGACAUUCAAGAACAACAUCGAGCGAAGCAAUGUCCCAUUUAACCUGCGCCGUAUAAUUGCGGCUUUUUACGCUGCACAGUAUUUUGUGGAGCAGUAAUGAGGUGAUCACGCAGACUCGUGGCGUCCGACUUCAGCGAAGAUCUUCGAGUGUUAGUUCUGCCUCAACUGGCGUUAGGGAUGAAGACGUCUCCGGUCACUGCAGUGGCCGACAAUCUCAAUCACGCGAUUCCACCGGAUCCAGUGAAAAAGAAGGAACAAGAGGCAGCAGAUGCAGGAGGAAGAAGCAACGGUAUAAAGAGCAAGACGAAGCCGAAAUAGAUAAGCACGAGCUUUCGUUAUUUUCCGGCGACCCACACGCGCCAGCACCAUCAGGACAAUUCGACAAAGGUGCGAGCUCUUUUUCAUCCUUUCGAGAUGGCGAUGGCCCGCGGCAGGAGAAAAGCCCCUCAGAAAAUAGUACCCGAUCGCAGGAACAUCAAGCUGGACGAGGUGCUCGAGGUAGCUCCUCGAGCGCUGUUGUAUUUCCAUCACCCGAGCAGCCGUAUACAGCAGCAAGCCUCGCCAGUCCCGAGCCCCCUUUUGCCAUGGCAGUCCCCUUGCCCGAAAGAUUCGCCCUCGAACAGGCAGCGAUGAAGUCGGUGCGGCAAAAGUGC